UCAGCGACUUAUAGUGGGACUGCAGGGGGCAUUCUGACACUGGGGGGAACUGAGUGCCACUGACAUCCCCAGUGACACUAAUACAGUGAUCAGUGCUAAUAAAAAGCACUGACACUGUACUGAUGACACUGGGCAGGAAGGGGUUAACAUCUGGGGCGAUCAAAAAGGGAUAACUGUGUGCUGUGUGUGUUUCACAUUGUGUGCUGUUUUUGCUUUGCAUGGCUGUGCUGUGCACAGACAUGCAAAGCGGUGUGCAGGAGCUGACAGGAAGGAAAACUGUUUUGUUUACUAACAGUUCUUUCCACCGUCGGAGACGCACGGCAAUCACCGGGUGCCGCCGAGUAAUCACCAACUGGGACACGGUGAUUGGCAGCACUAACUGUGCGCAC